AUGAUGACUGGGGGGUCUGUGAGGAAAGACAGCGAAAUUGGAUGUGAAGAUUCAGUCAUGGGCUCCGGUCACAGGGAUGACAAGAACAGUUUGGGAGCUGAACAGCUCUCCUCUCUUGGCCAUCACAAGUUCCCCUCUGCCUUGACUCACAGCCCCAAGGAAAUCUGGAAGAAAGGAGGGCGGGUCUUCUCUGUUCUCCUCGGCAUCAAUUUGGUUCUGCUAUCCUGCACCUUGGUCAGUGGUGGGGCUUUCCAUGAAAUAAAACUGCAUGACUACGAUGCCUUUUUCAUGCUCACUAUUGUGAUGGUGAUAGCCAUUGUCUGGAUGCUCUUCUACCUCAUCCGCACCUCCAGACACCAGGAUGCCAUUCUCUGCAAGGAUACACAUGCAGGACCCAUUUGGCUAAGAGGAGGCUUGGUCUUGUUUGCAGUCCUUACCCUGGUGAUGGAUGUUUUUAAGACGGGAUAUUACUCCAGCUUCUCUCAGUGCCUCCACCCCAUCAAAAUAACCUAUCCAGUUGUGCAGGGUAUCUUUGUGGUUGUCCAGACUUACUUCCUCUGGGUUUCUGCCAAAGACUGUGUGCACGUGCACUUGGAUGUCACCCGAUGUGGCUUGAUGGUCACCUUGACUACCAAUUUAGCAGUGUGGAUGUCAGCAGUAACAGAUGAAUCGGUCCAUAAAGCACAAUCAAAGAAUCCAAAUGGCACACACAGAAUGUUUGAGAUAAGGAGCAGCAACGCAGAGAGCUGUAGCUGCGACGGAAAGCUGUGCCACGUCUUCUAUGAUGGCUACUUUUGGAUGUAUCCCUUCAAUAUUGAGUACAGCCUCUUUGCAUCCGCCAUGGUCUAUGUUAUGUGGAAGAAUGUUGGGCGCCUUAUAGACCACCAUGAAAACCCUAUGUAUCACCUGAGGUUCAAGCUUUUCAAAAAGACUUUCUUUGUGGGUGCUCUCAUGGGGCUCUUGGUACUAGUGACUGGGAUAGGAGUCCUGAUUGUAUAUGAAAUACAGGUAAAUAAAAAUAGCCCAGCUGCAAGAAAGGAGCAAGCACUCAUGAUGUAUUACAUCUUCAACAUUGUUUGCCUGGGCCUGACGUCCCUUGCCUCCAUUGGGGGCUCCAUAGUUUACAGAUUUGACAAAAGAGACAUGGACCGUCACAAGAACCCAACGAGAACGUUGGAUGUAGCUCUGUUGAUGGGUGCAGCCUUGGGACAAUAUGCUAUUUCCUACUACUCUAUUGUGGCCAUAGUGGCCAGCAUGUCAAGAGACACUAUCAGUGCCCUUAACUUGACCUAUUCCUUGCUGAUGAUUGCCCAGCAUACUUUCCAAAACAUCUUUAUCAUUGAAGGCCUCCAUCGGGAGCCCCCAGGAAAGGAAAGCAAAAUUGAUCCUCAGCAGAAGGAUGUCUAUGGACUCACUUUUGUCAAUAUGAAUGCUGUGUCCCUUCGUGCCCCUGACAGUGGAAGUGCUUUGCCAGCUGCCACACCACCAACAUUAGCGAUUCAAGCACCUCCUGAAGUCAUACAGUCCAUCAGGGUUUCCAAGAAAGUGAACUGGAGAAGGACAUUCUUGAAAGAGGUUUCAUCAUUCCUGCUGAUGUGUAAUGUAAUUCUCUGGAUCAUACCAGCAUUUGGAGCCCGGCCGCAGUUUGAUAAUGAACGGGAGCUCAAAUUCUAUGGCUACCCUAUGUGGGCUGCUAUUGUGGACAUCUGCCUGCCCUUUGGCAUCUUCUACAGGAUGCAUGCAGUGGCUAGCCUACUGGAGGUCUAUAUCAUGUCUUAACAAGAUGAAGAUGAAGAAUUUCCUAUGUGAACCCACAUUUCUUUCAUCUCCCAGGACUGGAAACCUGAAUAACCGCAGUGAGGGGAUUUGAGGUUUACUGGGGUGUCAGACCUUAGUGAUUAGUGGGCAUUACUCCAUAAUACUCAUGACAAAAAAAGGAAAGAUUAUUUUGGGGCUGUUGCUUAUUUGAUUCUGUAUAUUUGUUCCAUGACCCAUUUUCUUUAUCCACCUAAUAAGAGGUCUUCAAUUCCAGUGACUUUUCUUGGAAAUGUUGAUGUGAACCCUGCCUAAUUCUUUAUCACUUUAAGGGUCCCUUUGACUUCAGUUAAACAGUCUGGGGUAGUUAGUUCAAUUUGAAAGAACUGAGUAAAUGUUGAGGACCAUUGAAGCAACUGUGGAAUCCAUUACACCACUGUAGCCUGGAUGGCUUACAUGUUUGUUUUCUGUUCCUUCAACCGAUCACCUAAUGAAGAUCAGAAUCUAGUGAUUCACAAAGGUCCUAGGUGUAUGUUCCUCUUGAGUGUACACCUGCCAAGAAUAAACCUGAAAUCUCACAGAUUUCAGUAGAACUUAGUUCCUGUCCUGAAUUGGGGCCCGUAGACUGUGAAAGCCAAUAGAUAAUUUUUGUCAGGGGGGUAUUACAAUAUAUUUUUAGAAGUAGCUUGAUAAUUUUUUUAAUGAGUCUAUUUUUUAUAAAAUUAUUUAUUGAUUUUCAUUGUGACAAUAAAAAAUGACUCAAAAGACCAUAACGUAGACACCAAUGAACUCAGCACAAUGGCAGUGCUCAAUUUGCAGCUGAGAUUGAGGACAUUGCCACCUUACCUCAUGUGAGGGUAACUAUAUCUCAGAAGUUGUGUAGGGACAGCUUUCUCCUCAACCCUUCAAACACUACUGAAGGAUCUCUUUAUAACAAUGUGCGAGGUUCUACAAAUACAUUAUCUUCUCUCAUCUAACUGUAAAGUUAGCACCACAGCAUAGACAAAAGAAGGCCUAGCUGUUCUUCUCAAAGUCUUCCCUUGUGUACACAUGCACACACAAACAUACAGCACUUUUUGUCUACUACAAAACUUGGGAUAACAUAAUUCACAAUUGUAAUUCCUCAAGAUAUUCUGCAUUAUUAGCUAGCAUCAUCUUGUUACAUUUCUUAUUAAUGUUGUGCAAAGGGUAGGCCAAA